AUGGAGAUACCCGAACAUUGUGGCGAUGGAUCAUUUGAAUAUAAAGCUUUUGUACCUUCGAUAAAAAGUCAAUUGACUCCGUGGCCGGUAGGCGUCGCAGCCCUAAUUGUCAAUUCAUUAAUAUUAUAUCCCACAUAUCAAUGGAGAUGGUUCAGUAUUUUUUCAGCUCUAUGGUCUCUCAUUGGAGGUAUAACAUCUAUGCUGCGUGUAUUUCUGGCAAAAAAAGGUCAAAUGGUCAUAGCACACAGUAUGCCUUUCAGCUUACCUUUGGCUAUUGGAGCUGGUAUUAUCAGACUUACUGUUGAAGAUGGAAAAAAGGAUUUUAAAGAGAGAUGGAAAACAUUAUUUGCAGUGGUGAUUAGACAAUUCCCUUGGCAUAAACCAUUAAAAACGGAUGAUAUAUAUGAUAUAGAAAAAAUAUCAAAUUCUAAUAAAACUGAUGAUAUAGAAGAAACACUAAAUUCUAAUGAAACGGACAAUAUAGAAGAAACAUCAAAUUCUAAUGAAUAUCGCAAAAUCAUAGAAAAAUCAAAUUCACUUAAUGUAUAUCAACGAAUCGAAGAAAGAUUGAGACUAAUAGCAUUAGUUAUUGAUCUCAUAGCAAUGGUAGCAGGUGCAGUUCGUGUGUGGGAAUGGCACCAUUUGUGGGAUUUGCCGUAUUCACCAUAUGAUUCAACGCUUGAUACCAUAUGUUUUUGUUAA